AUGAAUACACACUGCCCAUCAGAAAAAGCAAAAACUCUGAUCAGCGCUCUAGAGCAAUACGGUCAAGGAGACUAUAUUGGCGAAUCAAUCAGUCAACUCGAGCACUGUCUACAAGCAGCCCACCAUGCAAACCAAUCAGGCGCGCGUGAUGAAUUGGUAAUUGCAGCAUUGCUACAUGAUAUUGGCCAAAUCAUCCCCUUGCAAUCUACAACGGAAGUCCGUAUGAAUCUUCUCGACAGUCCGGAAAAUGUCGGCCGCGUAGGCCAUGAAGCUAUCGGUGCGGCCUAUCUACGAUCAUUGGGAUUCCAUGAGACGGUUUGUCAGUUGGUUAAUAGUCAUGUUGCUGCCAAGCGAUAUCUCACAGCUAUCAAUAAUGCGUACUACGCAUCUUUGUCUUCUGCUUCUCAGAAGUCUCUGGCCUUCCAAGGUGGUCCAUUUCAGGGUAGCGAGUUGGAGAAGUUUGAGAAAGACCCACUUCGUGAUGAGAUGGUUGCGCUUCGUUUAUGGGAUGAUGGAGCGAAGCUGGUUGGGGUUGAGGAUACUACGCCUCGAGCGGGAUUUUAUCUCAACAUGAUUGUCAAUCAUUUGUCACAAAAUGCAGCUUAG